GCGGCUAGGGAAGAGCUCACCCCUUCACUGAUAAACGCCGUCUCAACCUGGUGGUCCACAUCGCCUGCAGGUCAAAUUAUGUCGGAAUUCGCGUGGCCCAUCUCGAAGCAAGUCGUGCUGCUGGCGUGCCUUUUGGUGGCCGCGAUCAGCGGCGCCGCGCAAGCCAAGGCCGUCAUCGCCGCCAACAACUCGCCGACGCUCAUCGACUACGACACUAUCCUAAAGUUGCAAAAGUUUCUGAUCGAGCCCUUGAGCGUUGAGGAGGAGCAGUCGAAGGACAGGGCGACGCUGCUCAACUCGGAGGUGCUGAUCAACCACGAACUGGUGCGGAAAUCGGCGCCGAACCGCACGCCGUCGCUCCGCCUGCGCUUCGGCCGCCGCUCUGAGUCGCCGAUGGGAGUGACCAUCAACGAGCAGCUUGAAAUGCCAGUGGGUCACUUCAACUGACCAGCAACACCGCCUGCCCGAGUGGAGACCAACGCGAACGCAGCCCUUUGACCUAGAGACGAUAGGAACUCUCAAUAAAAAUAUUUCACGCCACAAUUAACCAGCAUUUUUCUGUUAUGCUCCCGAAAGGUCAUUUGACAAAAAUUCUUCUGCACAGGUAAAUCCCCCAGGGAUAAUUUACGACGGAUCUAAUUUAGCGCGGGAAGGAUGAUGAGUC